GGCCCAUACCCGUCACCACGUACACAUUUUAUAGGGUUACACGGGUGAACAAUACAGCACGGCACAGUUCCUACUUCCUGUUCAUGGCAGGGGGUCGGCAGCCGGCGGUCGUCUACGUCUUGAUGGCGACAUCUCGACAUGAUCCGACAUCGGACAUGAAGAGUAAUCACUAAUUAUUUCUCCAGUUUGCCCGCAGCCCCCGCCUGCGUCGCCUUCGUCAUGUCAAAGACGGAGAAGGUCAAGACUAGGCCGAGCGCCACCAACUUCCAACACUGGUUCCUUUUACAUCCACAGCUUAAAUUCCCAGACAAAAUGGCAGACACUACAGAGCCAACGCCACCGGUCCAGCCGAGCCAGACAAGCCACGUGGCUCUCAAAGAUGACGCGACCGCAGAGAGAAACCAAACCGAGACAACCACCGAGACAACCAGCGAGACAACCAGCGAGACAAACACCGCGCCAGAACCGGCGCGCAUCGCCAUGGCGCCGCCGUCGCUCGCCGGCGACGACGCCGCCUUGGCCAAGCUGGCCGCGCUCAUCAACAGCAUCUACACGGUGGACCAGGCCGGCAUUGUGCGCGCCGACUACCGGCGCACCAACAGCGCGCGGCUGGCGGCCAUGGUGCGGUCCGGCGAGCUUGCCGUGGCCUGGUCCUCGCCAUCGUCAUCAUCUUCAGAGCAGGAAACGGAAAUAGUAUUGGGCUGCGUGGCCAUCCAUAACCACACAUCCCCCUCCGAGGACUCGCACGCGCACGCGUACGUCGCCGAGUUCGCCAUGCUGGCGUGCGAUCCGCGCUUCCGCGGCACCGGCACGGGCCGCGCCCUCGUGCUCUUCGCCGAGGCACACGCCCGCGGUGCUCUGGGGGCUGAGAUCAUGCUCUGCGAGCUGCUCGCGCCUGCUAGCUGGGAGCACCCGUUCAAAGCCCGCCUCGAGGCCUGGUACGCGCGCAUGGGCUACCGGUUCGUGGCGACCAAGACGGAUGUGGCGGCGCGCUGGCCGCGGCUGGCGCAGUUCCUGGUUACCGAGAGCGAGUACCGCGUUUUUGAGAAGGCGCUGGUUUGAGGGUUUGAGGGUGUGCGGGAUAGGGGGCGCUACGGCCUUAUAUACCUAGUUUCGUGAGCUACCGCUGCGCCAACCAGGCAAAACAGAUACUCGUUGCCUGGAGGUCUGGGUCCCGUGCCUGUCUUACCUAGUGCAGGGCGAUUAGGGUUUAGGUUGCGAGUAAGUAUCGCUACCUGGGCCGAAUAUCGCGCUGUUCGUGCUAUACACCCCUUUGGACUAGUCUCUGAGGUCGUAAAUUAGUCUAUUUGUUCGUGGCGCUCUAGCCACGAUUGUGCCUAGGCGUUGUAUCGCGAUGCAAUCUCAGGGGGGUGAUGAAUAGUACGUUGAUUCAUGUCUAGUGCUACCUACGGUUCUAGCUGAUAGGACCUAAUUUAUGUAGGUGCGGGCCGAUCUCCGUGC